CAAUGAAAGACAGAGUCUGGCUGCAAGUGGUCUAAUCUAGGGGAGGUGUCAAUCAUGUUCCUCUGGUGGCUGGAGUGCGGGUUUCUGUAACCGCCUCCUCCCUCUCUGGGAGACAGGGAGAAAAGAAAAGAUUGGAUCAGAGACUGUGGGGCUCUGUCGCUGUAGGAUGCGUUUGAGCUGCGAGUCUUCUCGCACACGGCUCUGAGCGGACGGACUUUGCUUUCUGGAUUAUAAACGAAUCAAAUGGUUCUCAUGAUUAAACCAAUGCAGAGAAAUGGGUAAACUUCAUUCUAAACAUGCUGCUGUUUGUAAACCCAGGGAAAGCCCCGAAGGCGACAGCUUUGUAGUGAACGCCUGUUUGUCGCGGAGAGGCAUCGACGAUUGGAUCGUCAAACAGAAAUACUAUUGCACCGGUUCGAGACUGGAGCAACCGGACUGUCUGCAUAAAGCGAGUUGCAGUCUGGCGACACGGGAUCCCUCUGGCGAGGCGAGCGGGGAAGGGAUCGGCGACGAGCAUUACCGCUUAGAAGUGGCUCUGCCCCCGGAGAAGAGCGACAGUGGCUGUGUGGAGGAGAAGCCGCAGGACCGGGAGAGCCAGGCGCAGGGAAGACCUAAGAAGCAGCUCAAGUUUGAGGAGCUGGAAUGUGCCGUGUCUCUGGAGGAGGACAACCGCCAGGAGUGGACCUUCACACUGUACGACUUUGACAACUACGGCAAGGUGACCCGCGAGGACAUCACCAGCCUGCUGCACACCAUCUACGAGGUGGUGGACGCGUCGGUGAACCACUCCCCCAGCACCAGCAAGACCUUGCGCGUCAAGUUGUCCGUGGCCCCAGAUGGCAGCCAGAAAUGGAAGAGCGCCCCCCAGGGCACUGGAGACACCCCACACCCCAGGCAGAAGGCAGAGAUCAGAUGUCCUGAGGACCCCAAAGGCUUGGACAAAAAAACCCGAGCUCCCCUGAGGCGUCACCAUAGCGACCAUCACGCCCAGCAGGGCUGCCAGCGCCAUUGUGUGGAUGAGAACCUGGAACGCCGGAACCACUACCUGGACCUGGCUGGCAUCGAGAACUACACCUCCCGCUUUGGGUCAGGCAGCAAUGUGGAUCCUGCCAGCACCCAGCCCCAGACCAGGUCGCGGUCUCAUGAGCCGGAGAACGCCUACCCCCUGCACCCCCGCCGCUCGCAGGCCACGGAGGGUCCCGGGCACGGUGCCCCCUUGGAGCCGCUGUGUCCGCGGGCUCUGGAGCUGGGGUCCAAGCCGCGGGGCCAGGACUCGGGGAAGCACUCGGUGCGGUCACCCAAGGCCCAGGGACGGACACCCCACCCGCAGCAGGCCGGCCGGGCGGUGAGGACCAGGGGUGCCCCCCCUCCACCGCUGGGGGUGAACGCCCCCUACCUCCCUGCGCCGGCCCAGCCCUCGGCUCCCUACAGGAGGCACAAGCAGCGGGCGAAGGAGAGCCAGCAGGCGUACCGGGCCCUGGGCGCGCCGGGGCCCGUGCUGGAGAAGGAGCAGGUGCGGGACCUGCCCGGCGUGCUGCUCUACGAGGGCGGCCUGGGCCAGGUCGUCCAGCGGCACGAGCACCACCACCACCACGAGCACCACCACCACUACCACCACUUCUACCAGUCCUGAGCCCCCGCGCGGCCCAGCAUCGCCUCUGCACCCACUACACGUCCGCAAACACGACAGCAGACAGCGGCCGGGCUGGAGCAACACAGCCCCAGAUUCCUCCCCUCGGGGGGCCUGGUGGACUGGAUCCCCUGGCUGGGGCAGAGCGCUGUAGCCUGGCAGAGGCAGCAGGGCUGGUCUCCACCUCCAGUGCUGGUAGAGCUGCGAAGUGAGCUCGUGGAGCCCCGGAAGAGCAGGAACUGGGCUCGGCUGGGCUGCUGUGGUUGCCCACCGCCCUGCUCUGACCUCUGUCUCAGGUUCCCUGCAGCGCUGGCCCCCAUCGGCCCCCCGGGGGACACCCUCGGCCCCUGCUCUCUGUGGGACGUGUGAAGAAGGGGUGGGAUCAGGCGCGCGGGCGUGGGAGUUUGCUUUCAGCGGCUCGAAGAGCAGCUGGGCUUGAGCGAUGCCGCUCUGAUUGACUGGCCUGGGGGGGCAGGGUUGGGUCUGCUCCCUGGCUGACCGCCAGUCACCAGGUGCUCUGUUCUCUUGUUCCGGAGCUGGGCUGCGAGAGAGAAAGACUGCCCGCGAUGGCCUCCUGAUGCGGACCAGUGCUGACUGGAUUCCCCAGCCAGAAGCAAUACCUGGGACUGGACACAUUUAAAAAACAAAAGGAAAAACAUUUUAAAACAAACUGAAAACUCCAACAGCUGCUACCUCUAUUAUUAUUAUGAUUAUUACUAUUCUAAUUAUUAUUAUUAUUAUUAUUAUUAUUAUUAUUCAGAUGUUAUUUUCGUUGACAGAUUUUUAAUGUGCCACAUGGGAGGUCUUUUUUAAGUACUCUAGAGUCAUGUAUCCUUAUUGUGCUCUACAAAAUCUUUUUAUAUGUAUGCAUUUUUUUAACACUAACUAUACUUGUCAACAAUGCAAGCUUUACCAAGUCUUGUUUUGAAAGCUUACCAUUCACACUCGGAAACAUGUAUAUUUUCUUCACUUGUUAGAUUCUUCGUUUCGGCUCUUAAAUCAAAGAAUGCUGUUUAGGUGUUUCUGAAGGCCACUUCGUCUGCAUUCACUAACAAGGGCCACCCUGUAGUCAUCCUUAAAACAAUGUCUACCUGUGGCUGCCUGACACAAAGGGGACUAUUAUGCACGAAAUUCAUGCACAAAAUUCCAUUUUAAAUAAUGUUGGCAAGUAUACAUUCACUCUCAGGUACAUUUGCUCUUUUUUAUAACUGUGGAUUAAUGUUGUAAGAUAUGACAGAGACUGUGGACAUGUAGGAUUUAGAGAACACACAAGUCUGUCCAGUGCCUAUUGAUUUUGCUGCAAAGAGUAGUUGUAAAAAAUACCAACUUUCCAACUGAUCUAAUGCGCUGGCCCACAGACUGAUCAGACAUUUUGGCUUGCUUUGAGUUUUAACCUUGAUAGAGGAAAUGGCAAUGUUUUUCUAGGAUGGUGUGUUCAGUUAUGGCUAAUUCACUUCUUGAUUUAACAUUAUUUUCCCAUUAACUCUGUUUGUGUGGUUUUGAUUUCUCAUAGCAUAUAGUGCCACAGUGUGGAAGGAAGGUGUAAUUAUGUUUUAAAAACGCUGCUUUUCAUCUACAAGCCAGGUGCUAGAUUGACACUUAACGGUUCUAGAAUAGUAUUUAGUAUUUAGCAGUUUGCAACACAUCACGUUUUGUUGAUUGGAAAGAAAAAGUCUGUUAGACCCAACACAUAAUGUGACAAACUGGUGUGAUGGUCAAAAGAAAAGUGAGAUCUUCAUUUUGUAUAGCAUAUCGAAUGGAUGUAUAUUAUAUAGGCUUUAUUAUAUACAUUUGCAUAGUAUUAAGAUAAGUAUUCAUCAUAGAAUAUUAUGUAGGCAUUAACUAUGUUGUGGACACUACAGUGUACCUGGUUCAUGCUGAUUGAUGGUUGGUCAGAAGUGACAAAGUGGCCUAGAAAGAGUAAUUGCGCCUGGCUGGAUGAAGUUUUUCUGUGAGGUUCAAACUCUGUUAGGAGUAUAGCUUUGGGUCUGCUUUCGAUCAGCAGAGCUGUGGCGUUUUUGUCGUGUGGGUCAGCAUACCAAACCCUUCCUGAGGAGAGAGGUGUCUCCCGGCUUCUGGCAAGGGCUGGUGUAGAGAAAAGGGCACUGCCACCUUCUGUGUUCCUGUGUCGUUUUGGAAAGAGAGCCUCUCCUUUCAGGAAAAACAAAUCUGAGAUGUUUCAAUAUCCAUAUUGUAGUACCUUACAAUACAAGGUAGGCAACCACCAUACUGUAGGACCUUGCUAAGAUAUUUAGGAUUUACAGUAUUUAAACAGAGGGAAAAAAAAAAACUUUUACAUACUGUAUUUUGCCACUAGGUUGUGUGAUUUAAAGGGUGUGUACGUCUGUCUAUGAAACCCACACAUGAAAGGUAUUGUAUAUAUUUUAAUGACAGACGAAAAGGAUAUACAAGUGUCUUUUUGAAGGAAUAAGCUUAUUUAUAUUAACAAAAUGACUAUUGAUCAAAAGUAUGUCUGCAAAGCUAUCACAUACAGUACGCCUACGUUAUCAUUCCACCUAAAUGUGCUCUGUCCAGUGAUGUGGACAGCAAAGAACUCUUAUUUGACACUUCUUUCUAGUACAUAUUGUGGGAGAUCUCCAGCACGUGACAGCUUUUACAGCGUCAGAGCUGCAGUGGUGUAUGUUUUAUUUUUUUGCCUAAUUUUCUUUCAGUAUUUUGUAUAGUAUAUAUAUAGAUGGUUUUGAUUCAAUGCUUUAUUUAUUUAAUAGCAGAUCUGUGCCCAGAGAACCCUCUUUCAUUAAAAGUUAAAAACUAGUUCCUCAAA